CGGCGCGCGCCUUCCUCCUCCUCCUUCUCCCCCCCUCCCGCUGCCGUUCCUCGUGGGCGCGCACGCCGGUGGUGUCCGGGCGGGCUGGUCGGACGGCGCGAGCGCUUCGGGCUUUGGGCUGUGGGCACCGGCCGGCCGGCUGCCUUCCUUCACGCCCCGUCGCCGGGCCUGCUUCCUUCCUUCCUUCCUCCCGCCCGUCCGUCCGCCGCCUCGGCUGAGGGGGAAGACCCGGCCCGCCCCUCCCGUCGCGGCUCCCGGAGGCCGUCCGCCUGCCCGCCCUCCCGCCCACAGGCGGCGGCGAGGAGGAGGAGGAAGAAGUCGAAGGCGGCAGGCAGGAGAACCUUGUUAACAUACCUAUCUGCGAAGAUUUAACUCCAGGAUCCGCACCCAGGAUCUGUUUCGCCUCGUUUCACAAGGACGGCAUUGUUUCAGGUAGCUCAGGAUGGGAGAUCAGAGGCAACGUUCGUUAUCCACGUCCGGAGAGUCACUAUAUCAUGUUCUAGGACUGGACAAGAAUGCCACCUCAGAUGAUAUUAAGAAAUCAUACAGGAAACUUGCAUUAAAAUAUCACCCGGAUAAGAAUCCAGAUAAUCCAGAAGCCGCAGAUAAAUUUAAAGAGAUUAACAACGCCCACGCAAUAUUGACUGAUGCUACCAAAAGAAAUAUUUAUGAUAAGUACGGUUCUUUGGGCCUGUACGUAGCAGAACAGUUUGGAGAAGAGAACGUGAACACCUACUUCGUGUUGUCCAGCUGGUGGGCCAAGGCGCUGUUUGUCUUUUGUGGGCUCAUCACCGGGUGCUACUGCUGCUGCUGUCUCUGCUGUUGCUGUAAUUGUUGCUGUGGAAAGUGUAAACCGAAACCCCCCGAAGGAGAUGAACCGGAAUUUUAUGUCUCUCCAGAAGACCUGGAGGCCCAAGUACAAUCAGACGAGAGGGAGAACACCGAAGGCCCCAUCGUGAUCCAGCCAGCCUCGGUCACAGAGACGACUCAGCUCACGGCGGAUUCUCACCCCAGCUACCACACCGAUGGAUUCAACUAAGCUAAGGAAGCACUUAAUUUAACCCGGACGGAUCAGAAUGAAUAAUCAUAUGGCCAAUCCAGCCACUAGAAUCAUGGACAAUUAGGCAUAGAUUAUGGGGGAAGGGAGGCAUUCACCAAUGGUCAAUUGGGCAGCUUCACAACCGGCCGACAAAACAUUUUGUAAUCCCCUCCUCAUCUUUUUUGUCACCUUCAGUGUCGUAUCUCAAUGAGACAUGGAAGUACUGUAGCAUGCCGAAUCUGUUUCGCUUUAGUCUUCUUUUUUUCUUUCUUUCUUUCAUUAUUUUCCCGUUCCGUUUUUCAAAAAGGAAGAAUAGCAUGUGUCAAGUUUACAUUAUAAACUUUUUUUUUGUGUUGUCAAUGUACUAAGGAGUUGAUCAUGACGAGUGUGACGGUUGCAUUCUGCAUUUUUAAGCAGCAAGACCGGUUAGAUACAGAGGUUCUCAACCUUGGCAACUUUAAGACUUGUGGACUUCAACUCCCAGAAUU